CUAGUGGAUGAGAGGGCGCCACCCGACAACCUCCUUGUCCCCCUGUAUUGAUCGCUUUGCUCUGAGCCAUAAACAGCUGUGAUCCUGUCGUGUGCACUAGUCUCAAGGCUACCUUCGCACAUCAGAAUAGAAGUGCAGAUGCAUCAAUACCUAAUUGACGCAGAAGACUGACAUUGAAUCCUGUCGAUUCGCGGCGUGUCACCAGCGCCGCAAGCCGACAUUACGCGUGUAUGGGUCGUCUCUUCGAUCAUCAGGCCAACGGCAGGUUCUUAAUGGUCCCCAGACAAAAUAAACCAAACACUCUGAAACUCAACAGCGUGGCUAGACAGGCCAGCAGAUACUCAGCCCGCGACCCUCGCUUAAGAAAAUAAAAAAAGAAAACCAUAAAACAAACUGCCAGUAUUUUGUUAAAGUAUUUUAUUUAAGUAUAAUGGAGCGUGAUUGGGAUCUCCUUUUAAGGAAUAGUCGUACUCCAAGAACUGCAGAGCAGUCAAGAGAUGGUGCUGUACGGGAAUCUUUGUUGUCGGAGUCUACGUCAGGCAUCUGCAGGGGAGAGGAAGGUGACACUACAAGUGUUGGCACAACUUCCUUCUCUAGCCCUGAUUUGGAUGUUAGUGCUCGAGAAAAAUUUGUGACUACGCACAAAAAUGAGGAACAGAAUCUGAAAGAACAUAACAAAGUUAAGAUUAUAGAUAAUCCUGUAGAUGGCGAUAUAGAUGUAGAAAAAUGUGAGAUCGGAGUCGUUAAAGUCGCUAUCCCGGACGGUGGAUGGGGAUGGAUCGUUGUGUUAUCUUCGUUUUUAAUUUCAAUGAUAGCUGACGGUAUAAGUUUUUCAUUUGGUCUGCUGUACAUCGAAUUUCUGGAAGAGUUCCAAGCAAGCAAAUCGACGACAGCGUGGAUCGGAAGCCUAUUCAUUGCCGUCCCUCUUCUAUCUGGACCAAUAAUGAGCGCUUUGGUAGACAGAUAUGGCUGUCGAAGUAUGACCAUCCUUGGCGGAAUAAUUUCAACUAUUGGAUUCAUUUUGGCAUCAAUAUCAACAACCUUAGAAAUGAUGAUGGUCACAUUCGGCGUGAUAGCUGGCUUAGGACUUGGCUUAGUGUAUGUUACUGCUGUAGUUUCAAUCGCUUACUGGUUCGAAAAGAAAAGAAAUUUAGCUGUUGGUCUAGGAGCUUGUGGAACUGGUGUUGGGACAUUUGUAUACGCACCUAUGACUCAAUAUUUUAUAGAAGAAUACGGAUGGAGAGGAACUAUUCUUUUACUCUCAGGUACUUUGCUUAACUUAUGCGUUUGCGGCUGUGUUAUGAGAGAUCCUGAGUGGUGGAUAUUAGAACAGAAGAGACAAAACGCUAAAGAACAAAAACGGGAACUUGAAACGAAGAAUUCCAGUUCUUUGUCCCUAGCAAAUCCUUACACUUCUGAUUUCGAAGUACCAACGCGAGGAAAAAUCAUGGAUGGCCUCAUAAAGCGAGGGGUCCCGGCUGAGAAGGUGAUAAGCCAGGAGGCAGCGAGUAUUCGACGCCAGAGUAUAUUAAGAAAAAGUGACAAGAAACGGUCAAAGUCCGUUGUUGAUAUGCCAACGUACCUGACUACCAGUGAUAAGGUUGCACAAACAAUGCUGGAAACACUUUUGAAGAACGCGAGCAAAGAAUGCGGUAAAGAAUUGAGAUGUCCAGCAUUUAUGAAAGCUGCAGAUACAAAUCCUGGCAUAAAGCGAGUUACUUUGGGAUGCAACGAUCCACCAGUUGUAGCACACAUUAAAAACGCUGUGAAAAGAACUUAUUCCGAUAAAUGUGACGAUCAAGAAGUUAAAAUAGAGGAGUUGCAUGUCAAUACACCUAGGCUAGAAAGAGUGAUGAGAAAAACAAUGUCAGAGUCAAAAGAGGAUAGAGAACUGGUGAAACAGGAUAGCAAGGAGAAUAAAAGGGAUUGGUUGAAGAAACAGCUGUCAGUGAAUCAUCACUACUUGAAAGACUUGAAGAUGCCGAUCACAUCAAUCAGUCAUAGAAACGCGAUGCUGAAUAUAAAGAGAUAUCGGCUGAAGGCAUCAUCAUGUCCUGAUAUAUUCAAGAAUUCCAUGAUUUCUAUAGACGAGAAGGAAGAGAAAUGGUACGAAGACUGUUUGAGCUGUUUCGUGGAUAUGUUCAACGUGACUUUGUUCAAACGCCACACGUUCAACCUCCUCUGUUUGGGUACUUUGAUAUUGUUCGUCUGGUUCAUCGUGCCGUACUUUUAUCUCGCUGAGCAUAUGAUUCACAAGGGGUAUACCGAAGACGACGGCGCGCUCAUGCUGAGCCUUAUUGGAAUCACUAAUACUAUUGGAAUGGUGGGGCUUGGCUGGAUAGGGGACUUCCCUGGUGUCUCUAUCGGGAAUCUCUACGCUACAUGCCUGGUCCUUUGUGGGGCUUCAGUGGCAGCCAUCCCACCAGUGGCCUCCAACUACUGGGCCCUUGCCUCAAUAUCCUGCGCGUUUGGGCUACUCUUCGCUGCCUCGUUCACUUUCACUCCAAACCUGUUGGUGAAAUUGGUGUCGUUGGAUGACUUCACAUCUGCGUAUGGCUUGGUGUUGUUGGCUCAAGGGAUUGGACAUUUGAUUGGACCGCCGUUGUCGGGUCUAAUCUACGACCUGACUUAUUCCUGGGAGCUGUCGUUCUACCUCUCCGGGGGUUGGAUCGUGGUCGCCGGAAUCCUGAUAUCGUUCAUCCAGCCCGUAAAGAAUUACCAGGAGAAGAGAAGAGCCGAAAAGCUGACGAGGAUUUCGGCUUGAAUGAUGUAAACUGCGGAAUUUUGACUUAAUAAAACUUUUUGCAUAUUUCAAAAUUAGAAUCUUCGAAUAUAUUUUGGUCUAAGAUGAGAAUUUAGAUUUAACGGAAGAAUUAAAAGUAUGGAUGGUUAGAGAAGAAACGAAAUAAUAAUUUGAUAUUUGAAAAAAAUAAAUUAUCUUUGUAAUAGAUAAAUUGUGAGGAUAAUACGCGACCAUGCAUAUAGGUCUACAGAGUUUUUAAGAUAUUAAAGCUUAAUCUCUGGGACCUUGCACAGAGCACGUGAAUGUCUACAGAAAAAAUAAUCUUAUAUAGAGAAAGUUAUUAAAAUUAUUUUUAUUAAAUCGAUUGCUUUUUUGUCUUUGUAUUUAACUCCAGGUAAGGGAAAUUAAAGGAUAUGGAUUAAGAAAGAGGCAGACUGUUUAUUGUCUUGAACGAGGGUAAACUUAAAAGUCGAGUAAAAUUACGAAAAAUAUUAUAAUGAAAAAUUAACGCAAAAUAUUAUUAUGAAGCAAAUUUUGGCAUCGUACUGCACACUAAUAAACUUAUUUUAGUCAAUAAUACUUUCAAAAUAGUUAUUUUAGUCAAUUAUUUGUUAGUCAAUUUAUAUUCAACAAUUCACAACUUCUAUAAAUAUUUUAACUUUUAGACUAAUUUAUUUAUAAAUGAAUUGUACAAUACUCAUUUUAAUAGCAGAUAUGAAAAGUACCGACAAAAAAAAAAAUUAUUCUAUGUAUUGCAGUUUGAUGGACAAUGUAGCCAAUAAUAUUCAAAACAAAGUGAGAUUCCACAAAAGGUCUCAGAAAAGCUUUAUGUAGUGUAAAACAGAACUUUGAAAAGGAAUGGAAGUAAAAAUGAAGGGCUAAACUAUUUGUGAGUACAGAAUGAUUAAGCGAUCGACUUUUCACAUUUAUAAGUUUUUGUAACGCAAAUUCUUGCUAAAAUAUUUCUAUAAAAUGUUACUCUUUUGACGCAUAUUUAUUACUAAAUAUAAGCACAAUAACCGUAUUUUAUAAUACCUACAUAUAGGGUAAAAAACUUCAUGUUAAUCAACUUAUUGUUAUUAGUAGUCAAAUGUAUCAUUAAAAAUAUUAUUCCGA